AUGGUGGAAAUGGCGGGAGAUAUGAAUCUGUGUGUGCUGGUGAGGUUGCUUGUCAUACAGACUUUGAUCGGGACCAGCUUGGAGAUCAUCGAGUCGAAUGUGAUACAAGUGUGGUCGGCGCCCGGAGGCACAACCCGCUUACCAUGCGACCUGGCGGCGCCGGCGAGAGACGUCGCAAUGAUGCUGUGGUUCAAAGACGGCGACAGGAUGCCAAUAUACACAGUGGACUUCAGGAAUGGACCACCCGUUCAUUGGGCGGUUGCCGGGGAGUUUGGGGCGCGCAGUCAUUUCGUUCUCAACGAAUCUGAUCCGUCAUCAGCGCACCUUGCAGUCGAGAAGGUGGCGCGAUACGAUGAGGGCAUUUAUCGGUGCAGGAUCGACUAUGUCGAUUCACCGACCAGAAAUUAUAAGGUCAAUUUGACUGUUAUCGUUCCUCCAGAAUCACCUCGGAUAUAUGAUUCUGACGGUCAAGAGAUAACAGGUUCGUUGGCUGGACCCUUCCGUGAAGGGAUGAACUUAUUACUGUCUUGCCAAGCAGCAGGAGGGAGACCACCACCAGACGUGUCUUGGUACAGGGGCCAGGAGCGGUUAGCAAUUACAAAAGGCGGCUCCGUUUGUCAGCUUCAUCUGCAGAGGCUUUCAAGGGAAUUUGCCGGCACAAUUCUACAGUGUCGGGUCGAACCACCGCUACUGAAGGCACAGUACAGGGAUAUCACGAUCAAACUGUUUUUGAAACCACAAUUCGCCCGUGUCACGGGCAACGGAGCAACUAGGGCGGGACACGAGCGAUCUUUCGUCUGCACCACUCGAGGCUCAAAGCCGGCGCCCAACAUCGACUGGUUCAUUAACUCGCGCCGCAUCGAUUCCGCUUUGACUGAGGUGGAUGUUGAGGGCGAGGUUACGAGAAGUGUACUGACGUGGCGUGUACGUCGUGAAGACAAGGGGAGGCAGCUCGAGUGUCGCGUUUCCAAUCCAUGGUUCCCGGCCACCACUUUAGAGGACUCUGUCACUUUGGACGUGUUUUAUGCGCCUGUUGCCCAGAUAUCUCUUAUAUCUCCGAAAGAGCUCAACUUACUGCGCGAAGACGAGGAUGCAACUUUAAUGUGCUCAUCGGAAGCGUCGCCCCCGGCAAACAAUUUCACGUUUUACAAAGGCCUAGAGGACCAUCUUAUUCACGACGAUCCAGUCGGAGGCAUCUCUGUGGAAGGGAAUAAACUUAUUUUAAGAGGUCUGAGGAGGCAUCAUUCCGAGAGAUACCGGUGCAGAGCUAGAAACUCCGAAGGUAGCGGAUUAAGUGAACCGCUUACUUUGAAUGUGCUAUCUCGGCCCGAGUGCUCAGCCGGUGGUGUUGUGCAGCAGCUCGCUGGCGCACCCGGCGGUGAGGUCCGCGCGAGGUGCUCUGUAACGGCACCCUCCACUCGUGACGCCGGACCUCUAAGGUUCUACUGGACGUAUAAUAGCACGAAGGAUGUCUUACCGAUACCAGCAUCUAACAUAACCGUAAUGGGAUCAAGUAGCACUGUGGUACACGGACUGCCCAACAGUGACGAAGAAGACUUGGGCUGGCUCGCUUGCUGGGCGAGUAACGACGUGGGUAAUCAGCGAGAGCCGUGCUUAUUCAGAAUCAUGCCUGCAGCCUACCCGGAACCACCGAGCAACUGCGAGAUCGAGGAUGACCUACUGCGCUGCGACCCUGGACACGAUGGUGGCCUGCCGCAGCGGUUCAUCUUGGAGGCGCUGGAGGUACGGCACCACGAGCCGCAGCCGAGCGAGCUCGACGGCGACGCCAUGAGCGACCAGGGUAUUUCAGGGCGAGGUCUUACGGAAGCAGUUUAUCGCGCCAGUAAUGACGUCAUACCACAGUUCCCGCUUGACGCUUUAAGUCCCGGCCGCUACACGUUUUUAGUGUAUUCAGAAACCCCCCGUGGUAGAUCGCAGAGGCCAGCCGCGUUGCACAGCAUUCCGAUUCGGACAUCCGAUGAUUUAGAUAGGCCAGGAUCUCUGCAAACUAUGACGCCGGGGCCACCACCACAAUCGUCGCCUGGUGACAACAGUGUUGCGUUAUUAAUAGGAGCAGCACUCGCUCUUGUCCUCCUAACGAUAUUGACAACACUUUGCGUCGCAUUGGUCGUAAUGUGCAAAAAGAAAGGCCGGCCACGCCGUGAUCCUGAAGAGAGCACUAUACUACGUAGGAGUGUGGGAGUGUCUAUGUAUGGGGGCUCCUCCCUUAGCCAGAGUGUGAUGCCAACUGUGGUGGUGCGCGGUCACAGGGGAUCGAGGGUAUUGGCAGCCAGAUGGUCCGGUGUUUUGGACGAUACCCCGUUGGCAGUACUUGCGCUGGACACCAGGCCUCACGCUGAUGAAGUCUCCAGUCAUAGCGAGUUAGAUCAACGAGAAACGGAACUCGCAAGUAACGUGGGUGAUAUGGAGACACAGACAGACCCU